GGACUAUACUUUCAGAAAUUGUUCGUCCUAUACGUAUAAAUAUACAAUAUAUAAACACAUGUGGUAGAGUAAACAUAGAUGCAUAGAUGUUCAAGAUGGAAAUAUCGUAUCCAGAGAUAUUCAAGCAGGUGCCGAAGGAUUCGGAUGAUUUCCAGCUGCAGUGCAACAAGUUAUCUAAAGAUAUCGUCGACAAACAAAAGACGAUACUAAAUGUGAUUGAGAAUUUGAACUCGUACUUAACAGACCCAUCCCAUCACAAGAGAGAGUAUGGAACUCACAUAUUAUCCGAAGUCAUCUCAAAAUUGAGCAGCGAUGCCUUGAGCUUACAGGAAUUACACUUCAUCAAUAAAUUUUACACGGACAGGCUUAGAGAUCACCAUGAGGUUAUUCCAGCUGUGCUGAGAGGAGUUUUGGCGUUGAUGAGCCAAAAGAAUUAUCCGGAUGGAGGUUGUACAGAGAUGCUUUCUUCUUUGUUCCAAAAUGUGUCUUGUCAGCAGCAGCAAAGAGGCGACAGAUACAAUAUCUACUGCAUUUUCAAACAUUGCUUGGAGUUCAGAAGUGAUGAAAUCAAAUCUAUGGGUUUGGAUUUCGUUUAUGGUUUCAUCAGCGCUAUUGACAGUGAGAAGGAUCCAAGGAAUUUGGUGUUCCUGUUUGGUUGGUUGCCUCAGUUGAUCAGAACUGUAUCUUUGGGUCAUCUCAAAGAGGAAAUGUUUGAAACUGUAUCUUGUUACUUUCCAAUUGACUUCAGGGUCUCAGCACAAGAUUCUAUGGGAAUCACGAGAGAGGCUUUGGCUGAAGUUUUAGCGCCUUGUCUGUGCGCUAUAGAUGAUUUCGCUUCUGACUGCAUUGGACUAGCUUUAGAAAAACUUGGUUCCUCCAUGCGCAUUGCCAAAUUGGAUUCUUUAAACGUUUUGAAAAUGGGUUGUGGAGUGUUUUCAGAGGAAUCGUUCUUGCUGCAUUCCACAGAGCUUUGGGCUUCGAUACAAAAGGAAGUGUACAGCGCGAGCGGCGAUUAUGAAAUAGAAUCUUUGGCUUUGGAUACUUUAAGCGCGAUAGUCUCUAGGAUAUCUUCCAGCAACACGGACACGUUCAAAGCUUUAUUGAGCAACAUCACGGACACGUCUAAAUUGAAUUUGCGGCCGGACGCGAAGCUGUUUUCAGCGACUGGUAAAAUCUUGGAAGCCGUUACAAAAAGUUCCAAAGUCUCCGCCGAGCACGUUAUUAAGCAGUGCAUUCCGUUGAUGAUGAACACUUAUCAGAUUGUAUCAACCAUCCCCGAAAGGCUCAUCGUUUUCCAGCAGUUGAUAUCGAUCGUGGCGAUUUACUCCAAAUCUUAUAACUUGAAUGAAAUGGAAGAGUUGAAGCUCAUACCGAACUUGUGUCUGCAGGCAGCGAUCGAGGAUCAUCCGCAGAUCAGGGCUUUGGGAUUGAAGAGCCUAGGAAUUCUCCACAACGCUUUAUCGGAAGAAAUCCGAGUCAACUUCUACAAGAGCAUGAGAGUGUAUUUGGUGAUUAAGCAGGAGAGAAUAGUUCGCGAAGCUUUCCAUCACUGCUUAAUUCAAUUGACCAGUUCGUAUACCAAAGAAGUGUUACCUGUUAUACAAGAGGUUCAAAUCUCGAGCGAAGAUGAUCUGAUCGUUUUCAUGGAUUGUUUGGUUGAAAUCGCGUUGAUUUCCGAUGAUAUAUUCCAAUUCCUUUUCCAGAAAUGCAUCGGGGAUGAUUUAAACACAUCCACACACGCGUUUUCCGCUUUGAAGCAAGUUUUUAUAAAGCAGGAAAGCGUGGAGUUUUUGGAAAAUUAUCUACAGAAAUUUGAUUUUUUGAACGUUUUGAUCGACUGGGUUUUCUCUAAACUGGAGCUUCUGAAUACACGCGAUAAGAUGAUGAAGGAUGUGGGUGAGGUUUUGAGAGUUAUCGUUUCUUGCCAUAACUGCGACAAGCAGAGAAUUAUCGUUGAAAAGCACUUGAAUCGAGUCAUCGAACUCUUCGGAUUGAAUAAAAUCGAUGUUUCGGUGUUUGUUUUAAGUGGACUGAUCGUUAGAUUGGAUAGGGCAGUUUUGAGUGACUUCAGAAUGCCCGAUUUUAUAAUCGAAAUUGCUACUAAAACGACGAGCGAACUUGUCCAAGUGGAGGCUUUCCAACUGAUAGCUAAUUAUUUGAACAAAUUGGAUUCAGAAGACGAGAUUACCCGAAUAUUGGUUGCCAUAGAAACUUCUUCAACGAACGUGGACAUCGCUAGGCAAGUGGGGUUAUGCACUUGGGUCACCAAGGCUUUGGUGAUGAGAUCACAUCCACAAUCAGACAAAUGGAUAAAUCUGAUGGUUUCUUCAUUGAAAAUGCACGCACCAGCAGCGAUGGGAUUCAAAAUCGUCUUGGACGAAAGCUACGAUGCUUUAUCGACGAAAAGCAACUGCCAAAAGAGAUUGUUGUACAAGCAAAGAUUUUUUACGCAAUCGACGAAAUCUAUAAACGAGGCCUACGAUGAAACAACAACGGCGCAUCUUUGUGCCAUAGCGUACAUGCUCGAAGAAAUACCCCAAACCGUCAUCAAAAUGCAAUUUGAGCAGUUGAUCCGAUUUAUUUCUCUUGGUUUGGACACCAUCACCGAGCUUAAACCUUUAACAGCAAUUUUCACAACGCUCGAUAAUCUUCUGCAAAAGAAGGAUCCUCUCAUGGAGUCAUACAUCCAGACUUUGCUUCCAAGAUUCCUGAAAUUAAGUGCCUUCAAAGAUUCAAUGUACGUUCGUUGUUCUGCGAUUAUGUGUGUUAGUGGCUACGCUACAGCCGGUUAUCCUUUGCACAAGGUACUUCCAUUCAAAUCGGAUGUGAUUGUUGCGUUGGGAAAGUGUCUGGAUGAUCCAAAGAGAUUGGUUAGGAAUAAGGCUGUGGCUGCAAGGAUGUACUGGUACAUCAUGGAUGAGCCUAUUUGAAGCAUCGAUUAAAGAAGAUUAUAAGUAAAUAUCAAAUUUUAAACUGCAGGGACGUUAGAUGAAACAAUAAAAGAAGCGCUUGUAAAUGUUAUAAUUAUU